AUGAAUAAAGAUGAUGUUAUAAAUUUCUUAUAUCCCACAUCUGAAGAAGAAAAACCUAAAGAACCUGAUGUUUUCCCUGAAUAUUAUGAAGAACGGAUUAAAGAUGAUGAAUAUGAUGAAAUUGAAAGACUGGAAAAAAUAAGAGAUGAAAUAGAUGAAAAAAUUAAGGAAUUAAGAGAAGUUGAAAAAUAUAAUGAGAAUGAAGUAGAGGGUUUAAUGAAUAUCCCAGCUUCAGAAUCAGAAGUUCAAAAAUCUCAUGAAGAAAGAUAUAAAAAUUACUUUUUGGAAUCUACUAAAAAUUUAUUAGAUGGUGAAAUAGAUGAAACACUUUCAGAAGAAGGCACAAAAUUUAUUCAUAAACAUAAGUUACAAUUUAUUGACGAUGGAGAUUAUCCAUGUAUAUUACUUUCACCUCCUCUUGAUUCUGAAAAAUUCAAAAAAGCACUGAAAAAUGUAACAUAUGCAACAAAUACGAUUAAGAAAGAAGACCAUGAUAUUUACACAAAUUAUUAUUUAAAUAAAUGUACAGGUGUUGAUAAAGUUUUUGAUUUGUUAGAUAAAAUA